AUGGCGCCUAUUGGGCCCCUGCCUGCUUGCGAAGAAGGAACACCUCUCAUCAACUACGACAACACAUACUCGCCUGAAACUCCCGACCUAUGUUGCCAGGCCUUCGACUGGCACUUUACCCCGUUCGAAAAGGAGUGUCGAGCGUUUGGGAGGUUGCAGGAAGUCGGGUGCGAACACCUCGCCGUCAAGGUCCAUGGCUACGUCCGAGUCACAUCAGAGGAGAUCAAGCAGAAACUCGGCUCUGAGCGGCACAGAAUGAGGUUCCAUAGCAUGGCUUCUAGGAAUGCCAGAAACCAGAUGAUGGGUAUCGUCAAGGACUGGGUUGAGAUGGAAGCCUACGAGAUCGAGAAUCUGCGACCCCUCUACGAUCGACUCUACCAGAUCUUCCAUAUACCCCAGAUGAUUGAGAAUAUCCACGAGAUGCACAAGCAUGGGAUCGUGGUCAGAGACUUGCGAAGCGACCAGUACGUCAACGGCGUGCUCGUCGACUUGAGUUGCUCCGCCACAGCUCCCCACCCCUACGGUCCAAGGAUAUCCAGCGAGCCGUCAGAGUACCAGCCUCGCUGGACCUUUUCCAGUCUGGCAGCAUGGGAUCUGUUCUCAUUCCAGUGGCAAGUCAUCACGCUGUGGAACAGAGACUACGAGCGUCUAGUCAAACUGCUUGGAAGGCCUCAAGGAAUGCCUGAUUUCUGCCCUUUCAUCGCAUAUCGCAUUCCCUAUCCCUCGACUGAUACUAGAAAGAAAUCUCCUCGACCGUAUGGUCCGUUUCUGCCAAUACUGAAUCACUUUCAUCGGCGCAUCUCUGUGUUGGAGCCAGCACGAUGGGAUCCGCUCGAGUACAUCCAGAAUGCCAAGUCGUACUGCGCGACAAAAGAGAAGAAGCGAAAAAGGAGUGAGAAAAUUGACCAAGGUUCUGUUGAAAAGUGGACAACAUAG